AUGUACCCAUCUUUAUGUGAAACCAGCAGCCUUGUGGAUGUUCUGAAGCUGUGUAUUGCAUCGCUAGUGAUACACUCCGUCUACCUGCGAGAACUACCGCCAGCUUCACACCCGCUACUCUCGACGACUGUAUUUAGAGACCCAACUAUGAUGGCAGCGCUAGAAGGUGUUUUAGUUCGCGGUGAAUCACCAUGGAUGCAGCCAACUGGAAUUCCGCCGCAUGUGGAGCUCUAUAAGCAACUUCAAGGAGUUCAAAGAUCGAUCGACAAUUUGCCCCCGGUUCUGCUUGACGGUAUAAGCUCGCUAAUCGAGAGCAAGGGUGUUGCAGCCGGCAACAUCACUAAAGAUCUACUGGAAACGACCAUCGCAGCUCUGCUAGAGCGUGCCGGGAUCGGACGCGAUCGGGAAGCAUCGGAACCACCGCGCACGGCUUCGAACGGCUCGGACGUGGCUCACUAUUACGACGGCAAAUUUCACAUGCUCCCGAAAACGUUUGAAUUUCCCAAAACCGGGGCUUUGGGGGCGUGGAAGCUGUGGUGGUUUGGUGAUAAUGCGAGAUGUUACCCACCUCUGAAGCGCAUGGGAGCGCACGAUCUGCCGCUGGAGAGCAUGCGUAAGGUGCUUUCGGACUGGUCCAGCUUAGUGAGACGCAUUGUUGAUACGGCAGCAAAGGCUGGAUGCGAAGUCACAUCAAAGAUGACAGAGGAGCAGGCAGACAAGAUUUUUAGGGUAGGUAUGGACAAUUUGCCGCUUUUGCCUUCUUCUAGGAAGGGCCGGGUGUCCGAGUUGUCUAUCGGUACCACGCUUCGGCUAGCUAGGGAAGCACACAAGCGCUCACACAGUUAA